UUUGUUCUCCAUUCAAACAAACAAAAUAACAUUCAUAAUCAACCAUCUCAACAAUUAUAUAUAUCACCGCCAUGCCGGUCGCCGUAGCUUUAUCAAACUCGCCGGUUUUUUCGCCGUCACACAGACUCUCCCCGAGCUUCUGCACGCCGUCAAUGAAUCUCAACGUCUCUCUCCAAACGACGUCACCUCCGCCGUUAUCGCCGUUAGGUUUCCGUUUACAGAAAUCUCAAUCGCAAUCGCAAUCGCAAUCGCCGGUGUGUAAGUCGCCGUCUUCUUCGGUGAUUUUGAAGCGGAAGAGGCCGUUGAGGAUUGAGAUUCCGGUGGCGCCGGUGAUUGUUCCGGCCGGCGAAAAAAUCGAGGCGGCGGAGAGAGUAGAUGAGGUGGAGAUUGAAGGAGAGGAAUACGCUGUGUAUUGUAAGAGAGGGAGAAGAGGUCAAAUGGAGGAUCGAUACUCAGCUGUUGUUGGACUCGAAGGUGAUUCUAAACAGGCUUUUUUUGGUGUGUUUGAUGGACACGGAGGUAAUAAAGCAUCAGAAUUUGCAUCAAAAAACAUGGAGAAAAAUAUAAUGGAUGAAGUGAGAAAAGGAAGUGGAGAGGGAAUUGAAGAAGCGGUCAGGAAGGGGUAUCUUGCAACCGAUGCAGAGUUUUUAAAGGAGGAGAGUAGUGGUGGUGCUUGUUGUGCAACAGCAUUGAUACGGAAUGGAGAACUUGUUGUCUCAAAUGCUGGUGAUUGUCGUGUUGUGAUGAGCCGAGGAGGAGUUGCUGAAGCACUUACGGUUGAUCACCGUCCUUCAAGAAAAGAUGAAAAAGAACGGAUCGAAAAAUUGGGUGGAUAUGUUGAUUAUUGCCAUGGAGUUUGGAGGAUACAGGGGUCUCUUGCGGUAUCAAGAGGAGUCGGAGAUAGGAGUCUCAAACAAUGGGUGAUAUCUGAACCAGAAACAACAGUAUUAUGCAUUGAACCUAACUGCGAAUUCUUAAUCCUCGCAUCUGAUGGACUUUGGGACAAGGUAAAUAAUCAGGAGGCAGUGGACGUUGUUCGCCAUUUGUGUGUUGGCACCAAUAGAAAUGACGCGUUUGCUGCAUGUAAAAAACUCGCCCACCUUUCAGCUACUAGAGGUUCGACUGACGAUAUUAGUGUCAUGGUCAUUCCAUUACCUCAUUUUUGCUUGCCAGUAAGAAGUUAAACUUUGGGCGUUGCAUUAACCUAACUGGCAACUUUUGACUGCGCUAGAGAAAUGAAAAGAACAAGCUUGCAGGGUAGAUGGAGAAAUUGGCCUAACAGUACUUGUAUUCGAUUGAUAUGUAGCUCAUUUCUGCAUUGAUGCUGGUUGUCUUUUAACAGCAAAUAAGAUGCUAAUAAUAGGCUCUUGUCUGAAUUUGACCCUGCAACAAGGGGUGAUAGAACACUAAAGCUUUAUGAAUAUACUUAGUUUCCGUAAA